AUGUGUACGUGUUCGGACAUAUGCUUUACAGCUGGUAGGGUUAGUUGUUAUCAGAGUAAUCCAGAACUUGUUCAUUGGCAAGCUGUGAAGCGGAUCCUUCGAUACCUACGAGGGACCACAGACCUCAUGCUCACCUACAGUGGUUCAGAUUUGAGAAUGAGAGGCUAUAGUGAUGUUGAUUGGGCCAGUGAUAAAGACGAGCGUAAAUCCACCUCAGGGUAUGCAUUUGUUCUAGGAGACGGGGCUAUUACUUGUUGCAGCAAGAAACAGACCUACAUUGCCCUAUCCAUGAUGGAGUCAGAGUAUGUCGCAUGUUUAGCAGCAGUUCAGGAAGCCGUUUGGCUCAGGAGUUUCUUGCAGAGACUUAGUGUUUCUUCCAUUCAGACGACGUUGUACUUAUACAUUGUGACGGUACAGCCUUUCCCAUGGGCUUUUACAAAAGACCCCAAGUUUCAUGGGAAGGCCAAACACAUUGAUAUUCGAUAUCAUUACACUCGGGACAUGGUUGCGCAAGGUGAAGUGGUCCUGAAGCAUAUCUCCACUUACAAUAUGCUGGUUGAUCCUUUGACAAAGCCCAUCGCUCGAGAUGUUUACCUUGUUCACAUUAGGAACUUGGGACUGAGACGGAAUUGA